GCAGCAGCUGGAUGGUGGACCCUUGGCUGGGGCAGCAGCAGCAGCAGUGGCUCCCUUCGCUUCCUCCAUGUCCACCAUCGCCGAGCAAGCUCGCUGGGUGCUGCGGCUGCUGAGCGGUGCUGCCGGCGCGGUGCUGCUGCUGCGACGCGCGCUAGCCAAGCAGCAGCGAGAGGAGGAAGACCGGCGGGCGCUUCUGGCCAUCCAGAGGCAGCUGGAGCAGCUAGCAGCGCAGCAGCGUGUCAUCAUGCAGCAUGUGAUUGGAAAAGUCCCCGCAACACAGUUGGUUGGUGGUUGUGGUGGAGGUGCAACCGGUGGGCAGGGAACAAGCCGCUACAAUGCAGAUACGGUUGCGGUGCUGGCGCUGCCAACGCUGAAUGCUGGUGCGGUUAAUAGCGGCCAGGCGCUGCGUAUUCCGGCACCCCUGUCGCUGCUAGGCAACACACAUCGAAGUGAUUGUUCAGGGCUGGUUCAUGGAGGUGAAGACCAGGGCCCAACAACCAUUCACCAGGAUCUUGUCGUACAGUCGAUCCAGCAGGCAUUCGGCGGCGUGCAUGAGCCCAUUGCCGUACCACCCUGCCCGGAGCCCAUCAUGGCCUCCCCUGGAGCGCCCCGAGGGCAGGAAAGCCUGGAGGUGCCGGUACCUGGUGCGUCGGCCCUGACCUGCAAGCCUGCAGGCGGCCCUCACCCCCUAAUGGACGACGCGCUGGAUGCAGCCUGCUGCGCGCUCCUGCAGCGUGGGAUGCAGGGGGGCCACCCGCGGGACGGCGCACCCGCACCCGCAGCAGCUGGCAGUUCUGCAGCGGUGGCAGGGCUGGUAGCGCAGCAGGGCGCUGGGCUGCUUGCGGUGGGCACCAGCCAGGAGCAACGCGCUAGCAGCACCAAGCGCAAACGAGAGGAAGAGGAGGUUACAGAGGCACCGCAAGAAGGAGAGGACAGCCAGAGCCAUCAAGUACGGAGCAAGUGCAGGCGGGACGAGUGACGCCGCCUUACAUGUGGCCGCAAAUUGUGGUUUCCCGUGCGAGCAGCACAUGCAACAACCAGCUCGGCAUCCUCCGGCAGGGUGCAGGUGUCAGCAUUGUGAGGGGCCGUCCCCCACGCGUCGUGUGCUAGUGAGCGUGCAAUGGUAG